GUCUCUUGAGGGAGCGUUUUAGGAAUGGUCAUUUUUAGCAGUGAAAUCUGCUGCGCAAAGGAGGAUUAUAACAAAUCUCUAUGAAUGAUAGACUCGAUUGCUAAAUCUUGCCUUGACCAGCCUUCUGACCCUCGGAGAGAUCUCUCAGGGUGUGCGUGGGAAGGAAAAAAACCAAACCCUUCCAUUUGAAAAUAAACUUGAAAAAAAAGACUAAAUGUUUUUUUGGACAGCCUAACCGCUUUAUAAUUACUUUUUUUUUUGGUCUUGUUUUGUGAUAAGUUGUUUUGAAAAGGAUUGUCCUACAUGGUUGUUUUGUAACUGGUGGAGGAAGGAAGGAAGGAUCCCUCUCAGCCGUUUCUGAUAUGACAGCUUUGGUUUCUGAAGAACUGCUGUUUGCAUGAUACAACUAUUGCUAGUCUGGUAGCAGACUUUUCAUCUUUUUAUUUGCUUUUUUAACUGGGGCUGGUGGAGAGGGUUAUCUUGGUCAGAAGAAUAUUUGCACAUAUAUAUAUUGUAUAUAUUUUUGGUGGGGUUCUCCCCACAAUUUACUCUCUCUUGAUGACUCCUGGAGGUGGUAGUGGGCCCAUGAAAGACUGUGAAUACAGUCAGAUCAGCACACACAGCUCUUCAUCGCCCAUGGAGUCUCCCCAUAAGAAAAAGAAAUCAGGUCCCAAGAGAAAAUGGGAGGUUUUUCCUGGAAGAAACAAAUUCUUCUGCAAUGGGAGGAUCAUGAUGGCUCGACAGACUGGAGUCUUCUACCUGACUCUUGUUCUCAUCUUGGUCACCAGUGGACUCUUCUUUGCAUUUGAUUGUCCAUAUUUGUCAGAGAAGAUUACACCUGCUAUACCUGCAAUUGGUGGGAUUCUUUUCUUUUUCGUGAUGGGGACCCUGCUGCGUACUAGUUUCAGUGAUCCUGGUGUCCUCCCACGCGCAACACCAGAUGAAGCAGCAGAUCUAGAGAGACAAAUAGGUAACACUGAAGAUAUAGCAAAUGGUUCCAGUUCAGGAGGAUACCGCCCCCCUCCCAGAACAAAAGAAGUCAUCAUCAAUGGACAGACAGUGAAACUAAAAUAUUGUUUUACUUGCAAGAUUUUCCGCCCACCUCGUGCCUCACAUUGCAGCCUUUGUGAUAACUGCGUAGAACGGUUUGAUCACCACUGUCCCUGGGUAGGCAACUGUGUGGGGAAAAGAAACUACAGAUUUUUUUAUAUGUUUAUUUUAUCUCUGUCCUUUCUGACAGUCUUUAUAUUUGCAUUCGUUAUCACCCACGUCAUCCUUCGUUCUCAACAAACAGGGUUCCUCAAUGCCCUGAAGGACAGUCCUGCAAGUGUGCUGGAAGCUGUGGUGUGUUUUUUCUCAGUAUGGUCCAUUGUUGGCCUCUCAGGUUUUCACACGUAUUUGAUCAGCUCCAAUCAAACAACAAAUGAAGAUAUUAAAGGAUCAUGGUCAAAUAAAAGAGGUAAAGAAAACUAUAAUCCAUACAGUUAUGGCAACAUCUUUACUAAUUGCUGUGCUGCUCUCUGUGGGCCCCUCUCUCCAAGCUUAAUUGAUAGAAGAGGAUUUAUACAACCAGAUACACCGCAAUUAGCAGGACCAUCAAAUGGCAUUACUAUGUACGGGGCCACACAAUCUCAGAGCAACAUGUGUGACCAAGAUCAGUGCAUUCAGAGCACUAAAUUCGUUUUGCAGGCCGCUGCCACCCCCCUACUACAGAGUGAGCCAAGCAUAACUAGUGAAGAACUACCUUUACCAGGAAAGACUACUAUCAGUGGGCCUUGUGCAACUCUAACUCUAGGGCAACCAACACCACCAUCUUCUAUGCCAAAUCUCACAUCAGAUACAGGUUUGACAGACAUGAUACCAUUAAAAGAGGAACAUGAAGGUCAUCAGUUUCUCACUCCUGAAGAAGCUCCGUCACCCCCUGGGAUGCUGCCAAGUGGAAGUCCUAUUACACACAGCCAUACAAUGCACGUCUUGAGUCUAGCCAGCCAGGAUUCAUUGCAUGAAGACUCAGUACGUGGUCUUGUGAAGCUUAGCUCAGUUUGAACAGCGUUUUUGAACAUUGCACCAUUUCUUGGUGUCUAUACAAAUCUCUGCUUAACAGGAAUGACAUUGCAGUACCACUGUAAGACUUCGUAACAUGCCUAUAAUGGAAACUUUAUUGCGUGAUGGAGUCUACUAAAAAGACAAGUUAUUUUUUCAAUGGAGCUAUGGCAUUUUUUGGACCAGGUUGCUAAUGGUUGUGUUUUGAUGGUGACUGCAUUUUAUUUUUAAGCAAAACCAGAAACGGUCAAUAAUCUUGUUUCCUGAAGCUUGGAUACAGCAAGUUGGAAUUCAGCCUGUAACAAACACCAUGUACAGUACAAGAGAGACAUUCUUGGAUGUAAGUGUCAUGCUCUGUGUUCUAUGCUGUUGUAAUACACACUUGUUAAGGCUUCCCACACUUGUGGCCAGAAUGAUCUGCACUUACAUGUUAUGCUACUAAUAUUUGAGAUAGAAAAUUACCAUUCCAUUUGUUAAGACAAAAAAAAAGAAUACAGAUAUGGAUUUGCAUGCCACGCUACAGUAUGUGUUACAGUGGUGUUGGUAUUAAGAGAAAGUGCUGCUUUUUUAUUUGUGACUUUCAAAGUGCUGUUUCAUUUAAAGACAGUGCAACAAACAAAUUGAUGGACUAUAUUAUUUUUUCAAUUUAUUAAAGUUUAUUUUAAAUUAAUCAGUGGUGCCUAGAAGAUGGAGAAUUACUGGUUUGAUCAUGUUGCAUAUCAUUUAACCUUCUGUUUAAGUGUUUAGAGUGAGAUAUUGUGUUGUGCCAUACCACGAGAUUCUUCCACUCCCUAAUGUGAUACAAUUACCCGUGGACCUCCAAUAAAAUGACAUCCUCUAUUUCUU